AACCGAACACAACAUACAAUGAAAGGAAGCAGUUCCUCCUGCCUGUUGGCCCUGUUGGUAUUGGCCUUCUGUGCUCUGAGCCAAGCACGUAUUGAUGAUAUCUGUCAACUAUUUCCCGAGGGUACGGUCAUUAGGGAUCCCGAAUCUUGCAGUCGCUCGAUUAAAUGUGUCAAUUCAAAGAGUACCUAUAGCGUCUGCUCCGGAUCCACACCAUUUUUCAAUAAGGACACAUUAAAGUGUGUAAAGACGUUGGAUGGAGUCGAUGAUUGUGGAGUGUCCUGUGUGAACGCAACGAGUAAAUUUAUUAACGAUCCCAAGUCCUGUUUCGGCUAUUAUUACUGUGCCGAUGAGCAGACUCCUCUGUAUGGCACCUGCAAGGAAAAUCAGCACUUUAGUAACGCAACUCAAACGUGCAUUUGGACUCAGGCUUCGGAUUGCAAGGCGAGCGAAUUUGAUUACUGCAGCAUUAUCAAGAAUGGUGUGAACUUUGACAAUGCCCAGGGCUGCAAUCGUUAUCAUGUGUGCACCAAGGGCGUGCUGGAGGAUAAAACCUGCAAGACGGGCUACUAUCAGGCCAGUUCUGGAAAGUGCGUUGACAAGAACACGGUCUACUGCGAUGCUCAUCCGUAUCCGGCGAAUGUCUGCGGUACGGUAAAGAGUCCCAAGAAGAAC